UUAAUCUAUUAAUCUAUUAUCUGUACUCAAAGCAUGUUAUCUCUAAAGUUUGUACAACUGCUUCAGCCAAACGAGCAGUCUAAUAUAUUAUACGUCUAUGGUUGACGCUCGCUGAUUUCCGUUACCGUUCGUCAUAAGAGUGUCUGGCGUGGUCUGGCGAUGUAGCGUCGCAUUGUGACUUGAUACUUGUGCUUUUAUUUAAUGAAUUUUCUUAUUUUAUUAUAUCUCUUAUUUUAUUUUACUUAAAAGCUUCAUUCGCCAUAGAUUCAAAAGAUUUGAGUGAAUACCACCUCGUUAUCGAUCUUCAUAGCCAACCUUUUGAUCGGACGCCUCAGUUACACAUUGAAACUGUGAACGAGACGAAUAAAGUGGUCAUCUAUUAUACACGGCAGAUCUUGAGAAACGUGUUUUGUCAAUACUGUUGUAUUUUCCGAAGUCACAUUCUAAUAUUAUAAUAUUCACAUUCAAGAUUGAUAACACAUAAUCUUGUGGAAAUUGUAUGAUGUUUGUUGUAUAGUUACAAGAUAUUCGGAAUAAUGUUUAAUCUCUUAACCAUCACUGUAUUUUCACUAAUCCUCUCACUUCCCGCGCUCGCACAAAACGUCCUACAUGGGAAACAAGCCCACGAGUGUCCCCAGCUUUGGAUACAAUUUCAAGAAUCAUGUUAUCGUUUUAUCAAGAGCCCACUAAGGUUACGAGAAGACGCACGCAGACAUUGCCAAGCGUUCCAAAGUGACUUGGUUACCAUUAAUUCAGUUGAGGAGCAUGGAUUUAUACUGCUCCAUCAAUUGUGGCAGAAUCUGCAACAUCACAAAUGGUACACUGGAAUAAAACUCCAGGGUGGCUUAUGGAUCAACGAGGCCGAUAGUACAACACUGACAAGCAUAGAUAACGCCUUUCUAUCUGAGCUCAAUGACGAUGGACUGGAAAGAAAUUACUUAGCGUAUUCCUAUUCCAAUAAUUCCCACCGUUGGGGACUAGAAAAAGUCACUGGCAAAGACAAGUUGUUGUACAUUUGUGAAGCACCUAUCGCCACUCUUCACAAUUUGGUGGACAAUAAUCGCACUUAUGAAUAUGGCGUUGAUAUUCAGAACCCCCUUCAAAUACCGAGAGGACCUUAUUUCAUAAAGCAACCCACGAACAAGGUAUUUCAUUUGUCACAAGGACGCAACGCUGUUUCGCUAAAUUGUUUGGCAGAAGGCUAUCCUACUCCUACUUAUGAAUGGUUUAAAGAAGAUUACAAACACGACAGACUUAUUGCAACAAAAAUAGAUCCUCUUUCAAAUAGCAGAUAUACCGUGAGCGGUGGAAGUUUAAUCAUUUAUGAGCCGAAUCAGUUACAAGACCGUAGUUCGUAUCAUUGCAAGGCAACCAACAAGUUUGGUACGAUUAUAUCUGAGAGCGUUGAUCUGUCAUUUGGAUACAUCUUGGAGUUUAAUUUAAGACGUUCUGAGGAGCGCGGAGAUAAUCAUUGGGGCAAAGCAGUUUACUGCGAUCCGCCAGAGCAUUUUCCCGGAGUUAAAUAUUAUUGGGCUCGCACUGACUUCCCCACUUUUGUUGAAGAGGAUAAACGUGUAUUUGUCUCUCGUGAUGGAGCACUUUACUUCUCCGCAUUGGAAAUAAUCGAUCAAGGAAACUAUUCAUGCAAUGUUCAGAGCAUCACGUCCGAUAGCGGACGUAACGGGCCGUUCUUCCCAUUAAGAGUGAACAUGCACUCCUCCUUCCAGCAGUUAAAAUUCCCUAAUAAUUUUCCAAAAGUAUUUCCGGAAGCACCAAUAGCUGGAGAAGACGUUCGAUUGGAAUGCAUCGCAUUUGGAUACCCUGUUCCUAAGUACAGUUGGAUAAGAAAGGGUUCCGAUUUGCCGCAUGGAGCAAAAAUAGUAAAUUACAAUCGGGUAUUGAUAAUACCACGUGUACGCGUGGAGGAUCAAGGCGAAUAUGUUUGCCGAGUGCAUAACAACAGAUUAUCCAUUGAAAAUUCCGUGAGACUGACCGUACAAGCGGCGCCUAAUUUUACCAUUCCUUUAGUUGACAAGCACAUGGAUAAUCGGGCGGAUUUAAUUUGGACCUGCGAAGCAUUCGGGGUACCAGAUGUAACUUACAGUUGGUAUAGAAACGGAGAACUUUUGAAUAAAUAUACUCUACCGCGUGAAGAUAGAGAUCGUUAUACUAUACAAGAUAAUGUACUAAAUAUACGACGUUUGGAUCCUAAAAGGGAUCAGGCUAUGUAUCAGUGCCGCGCUGAAAAUCAGUUAAAAACAAGAUAUUCAUCGGCACAACUUAGGGUCUUGUCAUUGAGGCCUUCUUUCAAAAAACAGCCUAUGGAAUCUGAAACAUAUACGGUUGAAGGUGGUAGUGUCACAAUUGUAUGCAAGCCUGAGGCUGCACCUAUGCCAAAAUUUGUUUGGAAGAAAGAUGGGAAUGUGUUCGAAUCAGGCGGUAGACGAACAAUUCUUGAAAGUGGAAAUCUUAUUAUCAGUCCAGUGUCGCGAGACGAUGAGGGAACAUACGUGUGUAGUGCGAAAAAUGAAUAUGGCUACGAUGAAACUCGCGGACGAUUAAUCGUACUACGUAAACCACAAUUUAUUCACAGACUGCCGCCACAGAGAGUUCUGAACUGCAAUCAUAAUCUGACAUUGCGCUGUUUAGCCGAAACAGACGGAAUAUUGGAAGUAGCAUAUAUUUGGACCUAUAAUGGCAUGCACAUCCGUGACUUACAGUAUAAUCCACGAUUACGUAUUGAUGGUGGAUAUCUGGAGCUUACAAGUGCCACAUUUACUGAUGCCGGAGAGUACGGAUGUAACUUGAGAAGCGCUAUUGGCGAAAUAUCGAGCAAGCUUACUUUGUUCGUGCAUGGACCACCGGGUUCACCUGGUGGAGUGCAGAUUGCGACUAUCGGCAAAUAUUCAGUCACAUUACGGUGGACCGAUGGUGCCCCGAACGGCAAACCGAUAACUAUGUACACAAUCAGCGCGCAAACAAGCGCGAAUCGCACAUGGUUUCCUCUUAUAGAAAAUAUUACGGCUAUCGAGAUAGAUAGAUACGUCGGCCGAAAAGAGGCAUUGCUAAAAAAUGUUUUAUAUCCGUAUAAUACGUAUGCGUUCCGUGUGCUUGCCUUUAAUGAAUUUGGUUACGGCCCACCGUCAACUCCCUCACCUCAAUACACAACUUUGUCUGACAAACCUAUGAAAGCACCGUCGAAUAUCAGCGGUGGUGGAGGAAAAUUCGGAGACCUCACAAUUACAUGGGAACCUCUCAGUCCAUCUUAUCAGAACGGUCCUGGAAUAUAUUAUAAGAUAUUCUGGCGUCGCAAAGGAGUUCACACAGAGUUUCAGUCAUUGUCCUUACAAAAAUAUGGCAAUAUCGGUAGCAGUGUCGUACCGGUCACAUCGAAUUAUUAUUAUACGGAAUACGAAGUAAGAGUACAAGCGAUUAAUUCAAUUGGUGAGGGUCCAGUAUCUAAAAUUGAGACAGUGUAUAGCGCAGAGGAUAUGCCGCAGGCUGCGCCGCAGCAAGUGUUCGCCAUGAGUUACAAUAGUACCAGCUUGAACGUCAGCUGGAUACCAAUUGAACAGACUCGUGACAUUAUACGAGGCAAGCUGAUCGGUCACAGAAUUAAGUAUUGGAAAAAGAAUAGCGACGAGGAAGGCGCUACUUAUUAUUUGUCACGUACCAUUCUUCCGUGGUCACUAGUCGUUGGACUACAGCCAGAUACAUAUUAUUACGUGAAGGUAAUGGCCUAUAACUCCGCUGGAGAAGGUCCGGAGAGCGAACGGUACCUAGAGCGAACUUAUCGUAAGCCACCGCAGAAACCGCCGUCAUCUGUGAAUAUAUAUGAUAUAAACCCGUCAACGGUGAGAGUAGUCUGGCGUUAUGUACAACCGAGCCUGGAGGAAGAGCCGCUGAUCGGAUACAAAAUCCGUGUAUGGGAGACUGAUCGAGAUAUGAGUACAGCAAACGACACAAUCAUAUCAGGUGGUUCCAAGCUAGAAGCUUACAUCAAGAAUCUGAGUCCAGGCAAGUGGUACAAUCUAAGAGUGCUUGCAUUCAGCAAGGGCGGCGACGGUCGGAUGUCUAGUCCUACCAAUCAGUUCCAAAUGGGCGACGUCGCAGCCUUCAGGAGUAGCGCUGGAAACAAGAUCUUAGAUGUCGUUCUAGGAAUAGUUUUCUUUAUGUUUGUACGAAUCUGCGGUAGUAUAGUAUAAAAUAACCAUAAUUUUGUACGGUUUUUUUAAACAGGAAAGCUAAACAAUUUAAUGGAAACUAAAACAGAUGUUAAAUGAGAUUUAAUGAGAUGCUUUAAGGCCUUUAUACCUAAUGAAGUAAUCUUGUGAUCUGAUAGAUUAAUCCUUGAUAGAUGAAAAAUUAAUAUUGUUACUACUCGCUAGUGCUACUUAGGCCCGGUUUCACCA